CUUCCUGUUUUCUGGCACUGAUAGUGCAUGGCGGCUUAUCCUAACUCUGUCUUGAAGUGAGGUGGGAAAUCCGUCCAACGACUUAGCAUCAGUAAGACGGACAAGGUCUGCAGGUAAUAAGGAAUCCACCAUGAAUGGGCAGCUGGACUUAAGUGGAAAGCUAAUCAUCAAAGCUCAGCUUGGGGAAGAUAUUAGGAGAAUUCCUAUUCAUAAUGAAGAUAUCACCUAUGACGAGUUGGUGCUAAUGAUGCAAAGAGUUUUUAGAGGGAAACUUCUGAGCAAUGAUGAAGUCACGAUAAAAUAUAAAGAUGAAGAUGGAGAUCUUAUAACAAUUUUUGAUAGCUCAGAUCUUUCCUUUGCAAUUCAGUGCAGUAGGAUACUUAAGCUGACAUUGUUUGUGAAUGGACAACCAAGACCCCUAGAAUCUAAUCAGGUGAAAUACCUGCGUCGAGAGCUGAUAGAACUUCGCAAUAAAGUCAAUCGCUUACUGGACUGUUUAGAACCACCAGCUGAACCAGGGCUUUCCACUAAUCUGCCUGAAAGUGAUGCUGUAGACGGUAGGGAAGAAAAGCCAGCUGCUGCUGACUCUAAUGUGAAGCCAUCUACACAAGUUAUAGCAGCAAGCAUGUCUGCAUUUGAUCCGCUAAAGAACCAGGAUGAAAUUAGCAAGAAUGUCAUGUCAGCAUUUGGCUUGACAGAUGAUCAGGUGUCAGGACCACCCAGUGCCCCUGCAGAAGAACGAUCAGGAACACCGGACAGCAUCGCUUCCUCCUCUUCUGCAGCCCAUCCCCCUGGUGUUCAGGCACAGCAGCCACCGUACCCCGGAACACAGCCACAGACUGGUCAGGUGGAAGGUCAGAUGUACCAACAGUACCAGCAGCCAGGCUAUCCCGCUCAGCAGGCGCAGGCUCAGCCCCAGCAGCAGUACGGGAUGCAGUACCCAGCAGGCUACAGCCAACAGCAAACCCCCUCGCAGCCAGCCCAGCA